AUGGCGGAGUGUUUGCGCGCAACGAGCGCGCUGAUCGUGCGCGACCCGCGGUGCGCGCAGGCGGACAACGACCGGUUUCUGGACAUGAUGGAGUCGUACUUCGCGCAACCCAAGACGACGAAGCUUGCGCACUCACGCCCGGAGCUGCACUAUCAGGUGGGAGUGACCCCCGAGGGCGUGGAGAUGCCGCAGAGCGCGCUGGACGAGGUGGUAAGGCGCGCAUGGCGCAGCUCCCCGCGCGCACACCCGCGUCUAUCCGUCCUCUGUUUCCAGUGUGCCUGCCGUAGCGCGCUGGACGAGGCGGUGAAGGCGCGCAUGGCGCAACUCCCCGCGGACAGCCGCCCCCACGCGCCCUCCGGCCCCGACUGCAAGUGGCGCUUCAUGUGGCGCGUCGGUCCCCGCCCCGCGCGCACCAGAUACCAGGAGCUGAACGCGAGUCCAGUGGUGCCGGAGGGGUUUCCUCAGUGGGCAGCUGUGAUGGAUGGGUGGGGAGGCAAGAUGACAGCUGCCGUGGAGGCUGUGGCGGAGAUGCUGGCAAUCGGCUUCGAUCUCCCACAGGACUCAUUUACCUCUCGCAUGCACAUGGGUCCACACCUGCUGGCCCCUACAGGGAGUGACCUGGGAGAGCACGGCUCUCCUGGAACAGUCCUGGCAGGGUACCAUGCAGAUCUCAACUUCCUCACCAUCCACGGACGCCUCCUUUUCAUCAUCCUCCUGGUGUGGCAUGUGUGUGCAUGUGUAACAUGGCAGAUGGAGUGGCUGACAGGAGGAGAGGUGCCGGCAGGAAUGCAUGAGGUGGUGGUGGAUGAGGGCACAGUGGCUGCGGUGCAGAGAGCACAGCAGCAGGGACGCAGCCUCUGGCGAGUCUCCAGUACGGUUUUUGCACAUAUAGCGUCAGAUGAGAUCCUCACGCCCAUUGGGCACUUUGCCACUAGCAAACUGACAUCUAGCUUUCCACCCAAGCCUGCUGGAGAGUUUGUGGAGGAGGAACUAGCAGCCAUUCAGUUGAAAACCACCAGUGGAGGUGGCUGA